GCGCGCGCGCGCGCGGGGAGGCUGGGGGCCAGGGUGGGCGGGUGACGCUCUCCCUUUCCGGGAACUUGCCCGAGAACCCGCCGGCACUCCACCGGGAGGCUCGGGGCAGGCUGGGAGAUGCCUGAGGCUUCCUCCCCAGACUCCGGCCCAGCCCCAAGCUUUGGUGGCCCGCUCGGCUCGGCCGGCGGCCCCGGAGCUGCGGUGGCAGGCCCGUGGACGGAGUAGCAUCUGCUCGGGCACUCCGGCGUCCGUAACGCCCGACUGACCCGGCUCCGCCGCCUACAGAAGGGAGCCCUGGCCCUGUGCAGGGACGCUGUCCGUCCCGAGAGUCCCCGGCCGCAUUUCAUCCUCAGAAUUUUAGUUGGAGCAAUCUGGUGAGAAAAAAAUGAAUUCCUUUGCUGGCCUGACUUCAAAUAACCUCUCUUCGUCAGUCAACAUGACCAGUUCUUUACCUACAACAGUAGCCUAUCAUUUCAAUUCCACCAGUAGUCCUCCAUCGAUGUCAAUAACGAGUCUUUUCCCAGCCUUGUUAGAAUGCUUUGGCAUAAUCCUUUGUGGAUAUGUAGCAGGAAGGGCCCACAUUAUAACAUCAACACAGGCCAAAGGAUUAGGGAAUUUUGUUUCCCAUUUUGCACUUCCAGCUUUACUAUUCAAAAACAUGGUUAUACUUAAUUUUUCCAAUGUAAAUUGGUCCUUCCUUUAUAGUAUCUUAGUUGCUAAAGCUGCUAUAUUUUUUAUCGUGUGUGUGUUAACAUUAUUAGUUGCCCGUCCUGACAGUCGAUUUAGCAAAGCUGGAUUGUUCCCUAUAUUUGCUACACAAAGCAAUGAUUUUGCAUUGGGAUAUCCUAUAGUUGAAGCUUUAUAUCAAACUACUUAUCCAGAAUACCUUGAGUACAUUUAUUUGGUGGCUCCAAUAUCUCUUAUGAUGCUAAACCCUAUAGGAUUUAUCUUCUGUGAAAUCCAAAAAUACAAAGAGAAUCGUGAUACCUCACAAAACAAAGUGAAAAUAGUUGGACUUGGACUUUUGCGUGUGCUGCAGAACCCUAUUGUAUUUAUGGUCUUCAUUGGAAUUGCCUUCAAUCUUAUUCUUGGCCAAAAGGUGCCAGUUUACAUGGAAAAAUUUCUGGAUGGGCUUGGGAGUUCUUUUUCUGGCUCAGCCCUAUUUUAUCUUGGUCUCACAAUGGUGGGACAAAUAAAAAAAUUGAAGAAAUCUGCAUUUGUUGCAAUAAUUCUGCUAAUCACAGCUAAACUCCUGGUGAUGCCACUUCUAUGUAGAGAAAUGGUGGAACUUUUGGACAAGACUGGUGGCUUAGUGAAUCAUACUAGCUUAUCCAAUUAUGCAUUUUUAUAUGGAGUCUUUCCAGUAGCACCAGGAGUGGCUAUCUUUGCAACACAGUUCAACAUGGAAGUAGAGAUUAUAACUUCAGGGAUGGUGAUAAGCACUUUUGUUUCAGCUCCAAUUAUGUAUGUUUCUGCAUGGUUACUAACCAUUCCUUCCAUGGAUCCAAAGCCCAUGGCAUAUGCCAUCCAGAAUGUUAGUUUUGACAUAAGUAUCGUCAGUUUGGUCUCUUUGAUUUGGUCUCUUGCUGUUCUACUUCUGAGUAAGAAAUAUAAACAGCUUCCUCAUAUGCUAACAACUAAUUUACUCAUUGCUCAGUCUAUUGUCUGUGCUGGAAUGAUGAUGUGGAAUUUUGUUAAAGAGAAAAAUUUUGUUGGACAAAUUCUGGUGUUUGUUGUGUUAUAUAGUUCUCUUUAUAGCACCUAUUUAUGGACAGGACUUCUAUCAAUUUCUUUGCUUUUGUUGAAGAAGAAAGAGGCAAUACAGAUUCCUGUAGGGAUUAUUAUUAUAUCUGGAUGGGGCAUUCCUGCACUUCUCGUGGGUGUUCUUUUGAUAGCUGGAAAGCAUAAUGGUGAUAGCAUUGACUCGGCCUUUUUUUAUGGGAAAGAUCAGAUGAUCACCACAGCCGUCACCCUGUUUUGUAGCAUAUUGGUAUCCGGCAUUUCAUUGAUGUGUAUGAACCAGAAUACACAGGAAGGGAAUUAUGAGGGAUUAGAUCACCGUUCUCAGAACAGCAAAGCAGGAGAGGCUGAAAGGACUGCUGUUGAGGAAAGCCCAGUGCCAACAAAUGAACCAGAACCAUUUACAAGUUCUACCCUAGAAAGAAGUUCUUGUUCAUGUUCAGUAGGCAAUGGUGAAUUGUGCCAUUCUGUUGUAAAGCCAAUAGCAAACACCACUGCAGAUGAAACUCUGACUCCUUCCUUGGAGACAGAUGAACAUUGUGUGAGUCAUUGUAAUUCUCAGAGUUGCAUAUUAGCCCAGGAAGAAGAACAGCUUCUACAGAUUGGAGACAAACAACUGGCUAGACAUGUGUUGCUGUGUUUACUACUUAUUGUCGGCUUACUUGCAAAUCUUUCAAGUUGUUUGUGGUGGCUGUUCAACCAGGAACCUGGAAGACUAUAUGUUGAAUUACAAUUUUUUUGUGCUGUAUUUAAUUUUGGACAGGGUUUUAUUUCUUUUGGAAUCUUUGGGUUAGACAAACAUUUUAUCAUUCUGCCUUUCAAAAGAAGAUUUGAAUUCCUAUGGAGUAAUAAAGAAACAGCAGAAAAUAGAUCAUCACCUGUUGCUGAGGAGAUCAGAAUGACCUGUCAACAGUUUGUCCAUUAUCAUCGUGAUCUCUGUGUCCGAAGCAUUGUCAAGGAAAGGAGGUGUGGUGCAAAGACUUCUACUGGAACUUUCUGUGGCUGUGACCUGGUGAACUGGCUAAUUGAAGUUGGCCUUGCCUCUGACCGUGGUGAAGCAGUGAUAUAUGGAGACAGGCUGGUACAAGGAGGAGUUGUACAACACAUUACUAAUGAAUAUGAAUUUCGGGAUGAAUAUUUGUUUUAUCGAUUUCUUCAGGACAGUCCCACAGAAAGUCCUCUAGGCACUAAUUCAGGUACAUCUUCACAGGAUAGACAGGUAGAAAUUGAGCACUCAUCCCCUACCUCACUUUCUCCCCAAAUUUAAAAUAUGUGAAUAUAAGACACUUAAAGAAACUUUAUGAAACAAAAACAAGAACAAUUUUUCCUUAUUAUAUCAUUAUUAUUAGAGAGCUCCUUUUGAAUAUAAUAAUCACCAGUUUAGGCAAAAAUUGUUAUUGAUUGAUUUGCAUGUAAUUAUUUAAUAUAAUUUUAAUAACCAAUAAGCCACUACUCUAAAUUACUGAAUUUUACAGUUGGAUAUUGAGCUGUAAAUGAAUCUCAUGAUUAUGUAUACUUUGCACUUACUAAUUGCACUUGGAGAGACUGAAAAUCAUUUUAUUAAGAUGUCUUCCUAAUACUUAAUUUCUCCACCACUAUCCAAUUUUUUGACAAGUGGUACUCAUUCAAAUCGGGAAUACAAUGAAUUUUUGUUUUUAAAGUACACUUAUUCUUGCUUUUCUAUCAAAAGGUAAGGGAUAAUCUCCACAAAUCUAUAACAGAAGUUAAUAUAUAAGUUUAGUCUUUAACUUUUGUUAUGCACAUUAUGAUUAGAAUACUUUAACUUACAAGACACCAACAAAAUUACUACUAUAAUUGUUGAGGUAUACAUAUAUACAUGUAUACAUAUACAUAUGUGAAUAUAUAUGUAUACAUUUAUAAUUUUUGCACAUCCCGGCUUAGAAAAUUUUUGCACAUCUCAUCUGAAGCACUAUUUAGAUAAAUUAAGAUGGGAAAGAAGUGGUUCUUGUCAACAAUCAUUUAUCAUGUGGCUCUUACUUGUCAUGCACCUUGCCAAGCACUGGGGAUACAAAGAUACAAAUGAAAGCCUUUUAUGUAUUUCAAACUAUUUUUGAAGCCAAAUCUAAUAUGCUGCUAUAAAUUUUAGAAUUUAAUUUUUGGCAUACUGAUUCCUAAGCACCUACAAAUGUAUGUAGUUAUAAAAUAUUAUUCUUGUUUUGAAAUUGGUGGGGAAAAGAUGGAGAAAAGGAUGAUCAUGUUAUCUGAGUCACUCAGUGUUUAGUGUGCUUUAUUUCCUAAGUUUUAACAGUCACUUUUUUAAACUGUCUAGAAAAUAUGCCCAAGUUGUCUUACUUUUUUAAGCCCAAUUUAACAACAAACUCUUACAUUAAAUAUUUGGCCCCCUACUGAUUUAACUUAAAAUAUUUAGUUUCUUUGUACUUAGCUUCUAACUUCCAUAUGAAAGAGACGGAGAGUUUUUUCUAUUGUCUACUUGGAUGUUGUUUUUUUUUUAAGUGAAUAGGACAUAUUUUACUACCCUUUUAAAUCUGUAUGUUUAAAAAAAAUUUAGGAAAACCCUAGUGUUAGUUUAAUGAGUAAAUCUAAAUACUUUGGAUGACAUUUGUUUUAAAUUAACAUUUUGAGGGUGGAGCAGUUUUAUCAAUUAAGAGUCAUCUUGACAAGGAAAUGUCUAGUUUUUUUAUAUUCUAAUUGUGACUGUCUUAAUGCUCUGGAAUUUAGACUAAUUUUAAGCUUAAAAUAUAACUUAUGCCAGGAAGAACUGAUUUACAAUUGCAAUAUUUGAGGUGCAAACUCAAAUGCAUGUAUCUCAAAUUUAAAUUAAGAAUCAACUGUUUUAUCUUUGCACAUAUGUACAUUCUCUGAAACAAAGGGAAGCAGAAAACUGCAUCUUUUAGCACAUAAAGUACUGACAGAAAACUGUUCAUCAUUGUGAUCCUUCAAGUUUGGCUAGCAGUACUUUUGUUAUAUUAAAUAUUUUUAGAAUUAAGGAUGUCAGUUUUAUCAAAUGAAAAUAUCUUUGUACCUGUGACCUCAAUAAUGUAGCAAGUUUCUCAAUAAAAUAGCUCUUCUAAUUU